AUGAGCUCCCCGGGCGCCGAGAGCGCGGGGAAGAGCCUGCAGUACCGCGUGGACCACCUGCUGAGCGCCGUGGAGAGCGAGCUGCAGGCGGGCAGCGAGAAGGGCGACCCCACGGAGCGCGAGCUGCGCGUGGGGCUGGAGGAGAGCGAGCUGUGGCUGCGCUUCAAGGAGCUCACCAACGAGAUGAUCGUGACCAAGAACGGCAGGAGGAUGUUCCCGGUGCUGAAGGUGAAUGUGUCUGGCCUGGACCCCAACGCCAUGUACUCCUUCUUGCUGGACUUCGUGGCUGCUGACAACCACCGCUGGAAGUACGUGAACGGAGAGUGGGUCCCCGGGGGCAAGCCCGAGCCCCAGGCGCCCAGCUGCGUCUAUAUCCACCCCGACUCGCCCAACUUCGGGGCCCACUGGAUGAAGGCGCCCGUCUCCUUCAGCAAAGUCAAGCUCACCAACAAACUCAACGGAGGGGGUCAGAUCAUGUUGAACUCCUUACACAAGUACGAGCCCCGGAUCCACAUAGUGAGGGUAGGGGGCGCACAGCGGAUGAUCACCAGCCACUGCUUCCCUGAGACCCAGUUCAUCGCUGUGACCGCUUACCAGAACGAGGAGAUCACGGCUCUUAAAAUUAAAUACAAUCCGUUUGCAAAAGCUUUCCUUGAUGCAAAGGAAAGAAGUGAUCACAAAGAUCUGAUGGAGGAACCUGGAGACAGCCAGCAGUCCGGGUCCCAAUCAGGGGGGUGGCUCAUCCCUGGAACCAGCAGCCUGUGCCCACCUGCCGCCCCUCACCCUCAGUUCGGAGGGCCCCUCUCUCUUCCCUCCACGCACGGCUGUGAAAGGUACCCCGCCCUAAGGAACCACCGGCCAACCCCCUACCCCAGCCCUUACGCACACCGGAACAAUUCUCCAACCUAUUCUGACAAUCCGUCGGCGUGUUUGUCCAUGCUCCAAUCCCACGAGAGCUGGCCCAGCCUUGGGACCCCCGCCCACACCAGCAUGCUCCCCAUGAGCCACGGCGCCGGCGCACCCACCAGCUCCAGCCAGUACCCCAGCCUGUGGUCCGUGAGCAACGGCGCCAUCACGCCCGGGGCCCCGACGGCGGCGAUGGCCAACGGGCUCGGCGCGCAGUUCUUCCGGGGCUCGCCUGCGCAUGCUGCGCCUCUCACCCACCCGGGGCAGGCCUCCUCCUCGUCGGGAUCCCCGCUGUACGAAGGGGCCCCCACGGCCACAGACAUUCCCGACAGCCAGUACGACGCGGCGGCGCAGGCCCGCCUCCUAGCCUCGUGGACGCCGGUGUCACCACCUUCCAUGUGA